GAAGCGUCUUGAGAUUGCCCAAUUAGAGGCGCAAUUAGCUCAAAGAAAGGUUGAGCUUCUAGAGGCUGAGGAGCAAGAGCACUCGUUUGCUCGUCGCGAUCUAGCGGUGCUGAAAGAGUUGGAGCGCGCAAAAGAGCAGGUCGCGGGGAGUUCGGCCCCUGGU